AUGAUACCAGAUACUUGUUUCAAUGAUUUCACAUUUAUUUUGGAAAUAAUUAACGUUACCACUUCUACUCUUUAUACUACUACUACUACUACUACUACUACUACUACUACUACUACUACUACUACUACUACUACUACUACUACUACUACUACUACUACUACUACUACUACUACUACUACUACUACUACUACUACUACUACUACUACUACUACUACUACUACUACUACUACUACUACUACUACUACUACUACUACUACUACUACUACUACUACUACUACUACUACUACUACUACUACUACUACUACUACUACUACUACUACUACUACUACUACUACUACUACUACUACUACUACUACUACUACUACUACUACUACUACUACUACUACUACUACUACUACUACUACUACUACUACUACUACUACUACUACUACUACUACUACUACUACUACUACUACUACUACUACUACUACUACUACUACUACUACUACUACUACUACUACUACUACUACUACUACUACUACUACUACUACUACUACUACUACUACUACUACUACUACUACUACUACUACUACUACUACUACUACUACUACUACUACUACUACUACUACUACUACUACUACUACUACUACUACUACUACUACUACUACUACUACUACUACUACUACUACUACUACUACUACUACUACUACUACUACUACUACUACUACUACUACUACUACUACUACUACUACUACUACUACUACUACUACUACUACUACUACUACUACUACUACUACUACUACUACUACUACUACUACUACUACUACUACUACUACUACUACUACUACUACUACUACUACUACUACUACUACUACUACUACUACUACUACUACUACUACUACUACUACUACUACUACUACUACUACUACUACUACUACUACUACUACUACUACUACUACUACUACUACUACUACUACUACUACUACUACUACUACUACUACUACUACUACUACUACUACUACUACUACUACUACUACUACUACUACUACUACUACUACUACUACUACUACUACUACUACUACUACUACUACUACUACUACUACUACUACUACUACUACUACUACUACUACUACUACUACUACUACUACUACUACUACUACUACUACUACUACUACUACUACUACUACUACUACUACUACUACUACUACUACUACUACUACUAAUAAUAAUAAUAAUAAUAAUAAUAAUAAUAGUGAUAAUAAUAAUAUCUAUUAUGUAUAUACACAUAUUACUGUUUGUCCUCAUCGUAAACGAUUUGUUCAAUGUUCAAAUUUACUUGAAAUUAUGAAAUCUAAUUGUUGUAGAGAUAUAUGUAAAACUGAAACGCUAGUGAUUUUAAUACUUGGAAACCGAGUAGAAUAA